AUGAAAAAAAUUCGUGUAUGGAAACGUCAAUAUUUACAUAUUGUUAUAUUUGUUAGUCUAUUUUGGAUUUGUAUUGAUGUAUUUAUUAUUAUGUUAUUUACCGAUUGUGCAAAAACUAUUGAACUUCCAUGUUCACCAAUGAAAAUUGACGAAGGUGAAGUUAUCAAAGAUCCAACAUAUCAAAGACAUCCAAGAUUUAUUCAUCCUUCAAAUAAUAAAAAUGAAUCACAAAAAACACAAGGUCUUUAUUUCGGACAAAAACAAUAUAAUCAAACAAAAGCGAAAAAAGAUUUGGGAUUUUUUGCAAAAUUAUUUGGAUACGAUGCAAGUGGUCGUGCUGUUGUUAUUCCAUCAGAACUGAAAGACGAAGCUAAAAAACGUUUCAAAGAGAAUCAAUUUAAUAUCGUAGCAUCCGAUUUAAUUGCGUUAAAUCGUUCGAUUAAUGAUCAAAGAUCAGCAAAAUGUCGUGCACAUGAAUUUCCAUCAGAUCUUCCCACAACUAGUAUCGUUAUCGUAUUUCAUAAUGAAGGAAAUUCAACUCUUUUGAGAACACUAACAAGUAUUGUUAUUAGAAGUCCAAUACAGUUUAUACAUGAAUUGAUAUUAGUUGAUGAUGCAAGUAUCGAUAGAGAAUAUUUGAAGGAAACGUUACAAGAUUUCAUAAAACUAUUGCCUGUUCAAGUGCAUCUACUGCGAAAUGAUAAACGAUUAGGUUUAAUGAAAUCAAGAUUGAAAGGUGCUGAAAUUGCUACUGGUGAUACGUUAACAUUUCUUGAUGCACAUAUUGAAGCAUCACCAGGCUGGACAGCUGUUGUUUGUCCAAUAAUUGAUGUUAUUAAUGAUGAUGAUUUUGCUUAUUUAACUGGUUCGGAUAUGACAUGGGGUGGAUUUAAUUGGAGAUUAAAUUUUCGAUGGUAUCCUGUACCGCAACGAGAAGAACUUAGACGAAAUCAUGAUCAUUCAUUACCAUUAUUAUCUCCUACAAUGGCUGGUGGUUUGUUUACAAUUAAUCGUGAAUAUUUUUAUGAGAUUGGUGCUUAUGAUCCAGGCAUGGAAGUAUGGGGAGGAGAAAAUUUAGAAAUGUCAUUUCGAGUGUGGAUGUGUGGAGGAAAAGUUAUGAUUCAUCCUUGUUCUCAUGUUGGGCAUGUAUUUCGUAAACAAACUCCUUACACAUUUCCUGGUGGUACAGGUACUGUGAUAUUUCAUAACAAUAAACGAUUAGUCGAAGUUUGGUUAGAUAAAUAUAAAGAUUUUGUCUAUUCAAUUAUGCCAGAAUUACGAAAUGUCAAUGGUGGAGAUGUCACCGAACGUUUAGAAUUACGCGAAAAAUUAAAAUGUAAAGAUUUUCGAUGGUAUUUAGAAAAUAUCUAUCCAGAAUCAUCAAUGCCCGUGGAUUUUCAUCACGUUGGAGCGUUACGUAACGAAGCCUACGGUUGUUUGGAUAGUCUCGGUUACGAUUCAGAAAACGGUGUGAAUCAAAAUGCCGGUCUUUUUCCUUGUCACAAUCAAGGAGGAAAUCAGAUACGAAGUCAGGAACGAUCAUCUUGUUUGACUUUUCGUAAUACAUAUGUUGGUAAAAAACAAAAUAGUACAUUGUUUAUUUCACCAUGUGCUGGGAAUAAAAGAAAAAAUGCUGCUAAAUUAGCCGUUCAUCAGAUAAUUGUUUAUUCUCGAAAUGGUGAAUUAAAAUUUGAUGAUUUAUGCUUGGAAGGAUCAAAAAAUGAUAUUGUUAAAGUACAAAAAUGUCAACAUCAAAGUCAAAAACAAAUAUGGGAGUAUAAUCAAGUGACAAAGCAAAUGAAACAUUUAAAUACUGGUCAAUGUAUGACAGUGGAUCAAAAUCGAGAUAAUGGAAAAGUACAUUUAGCUGUUUGUCAAUCACUCGAUAUUAAACAACGUUGGAUAUUGGAACAAAAAAUGAAAUUAUAG